AUGAUAAGUGAGAUUGUUCAUGAAUUACAAAAGCGGCAACGUGAUUUCAUCUCUCUGUUAAAUCACAUUACAACUGAUGAGCCUCAUUUGCAAGAACUAGGGGAUUCCGCACUGAAAGUUGCCCAUAGCCUGGAUUUUCUUUCAGAAAAUAUCCUACCAUACCUCGAGUCAGGGUAUAGGAAGACCACUGUAGGCUGCCGGAUAUGGUCUGUCCCUGUAGAACCUUCAGUGGUUGUAUCGGAUGGGUUACUAGAGCUUCUCGGGAGUGUGGUUUCCACAUGUGAAGAGCUCAAAUCCAUUUUUAUAAAGCGUUUUUUGGGCGUAGAUGACGUAACUGUGCAUCACUUGGAUGAUUCUGCCUUUACUUUCAAAGGAACGUCGACAUGUCCUACCAUAUUUAAUGAGAGGGAUGCCCAGACUGGCUCCGUGAAGCAUUUGUCACUUGACAUAGGUGGCACCCUUGUUAAGACGGCCUAUUUAUCCAGUUCCAAAAAUUGUGGAGCGCUGUACAAUCUAUACUUGGCUCAUCAUGCAAUCUGUGAUAUUCUACAGUGUUUGGAGCGAAAUGGUGAAGUGGAUUUGCUUUCGCGGUGCAAAGUUGCUCGAUACAUCAGGAAACUGUCCCCUGCAAUGAUUCGUCUAGAUGGCUGUUCCAUUAUAAAAUUCCUCCGAUUUCCUGUGGAACCUUUGAGCGUUGGGUUAAAGAUGCUGCGAGAUGAGCAGAUCGUAACCUGCGGUGACAUUAUAUCUGCGACGGGAGGUGGCGCACAUAAGUAUGCCAAUGUUUUCGAGGAACGCUUGUCCCAGUGCGAAUUUAGCAGGUUUGACGAAAUGCCAUGCGUGGUCGAGGGUACCGAAACAAUGCAUGGUAUAACCCGUUGUUUUAUAAGGUACAACUUGAAACAUGGAUACACGGAACUGGCAACGGUAGAGAAGAGCUAUCCAUACCUCAUUGUAAACAUCGGUUCUGGUAUAUCGUUUUUGAAGGUUACUUCCCCUGGAGUGUUCCAGAGGGUGACUGGAACGAGCGUGGGUGGUGGUACUAUGAGCGGACUUAUCAGUAUGUUUCUCGGGUCACACAGUGGAGACGAGCUAACAAUGUUAUAUGAUGCUGGCACAAAUUGUAUGGACAGCUUCCUACCCGAAUGGAGCAGAACGGCGCCAAUAUCCUAUGGUAUUAAGGCUAGUUUCGGGGCAUGCGACCGCAAGUUUAGACGUGAGGAUGCAAUUCGCAGCACGAGCGAUAUGAUUUCUUACAGCAUAGGCCAAGUAGCGUUUCUCGUGGCCAGACUUCACCAGGUGAAACGUAUCAUAUUCACAGGAUCUUAUACGGCAGACUACCGUAUGACCGUGGAUGUCAUUGCCUCUUCGAUAGCAUAUAUGGCAUCUUCCUACGCAGAAGAGCCCGUAGAUACCCUAGUUCCGGUAUUCGGGGGCUAUGUGGGUGUUUUAGGCUGCUUAGUCCAGCAGUUAAAUGGCACGAAGUCGUAA